AUGCACGUCUGCCUGCUCCCUCAAUGGGAUCUCGGACAUUUAGAGAGUAUUGAAAAUAUAAAAUUAGUGUUGGUUGUUACGAGGUCGAAGAAGUUACGACACUGGUGUCAGAAGUGGGAUCUUCAGAAGAUUACAACAUUGGGGUCAAAACAAUAUUUACAAGUGAUUGCCAGCACUCUUUUCUUUCUGACAAAGUUGAUAAAAAACAAGUCUAUUCAGGAUUCAAGAAUCCACGUAGAGAGAAAUAACAAAACCAUACAAGACCAAAGGCAAUAUUUACAAGUGAUUGCCAGCACUCUUUUCUUUCUGACAAAGUUGAUAAAAAACAAGUCUAUUCAGGAUUCAAGAAUCCACGUAGAGAGAAAUAACAAAACCAUACAAGACCAAAGGCCUCCUAAAUUUGCCACUGGUGCCGUCGAUGUUUUUCCAAAUUUGAGUACAUGGUAUCCUUCAAUGUUUGUUGCCAAAAUGUUUUCAGUCCGUAUUUUUGCAAACUUAUGCAAAGAAUUUGUUUUAAUUCUGCCUCCUCCGUACCCGACAACUUUUGCCUAA